CAGCCUCGGUUACGAUGCGCAUCAGAAGUUUCUCUCACUUUUUAUUUUCAACGCUCUUCAUUUUUGUGGUCGUGAGCGAAAACCCACUAACGACUAGCAGGAAUUUCGAGCAAAUAGCAAAAACAGCGGAAUGUGUUUUAAAACUCUCAGCUAAAUAUUUCGUCGAAAAGAAAGCUUUAAGUGGAAGUAUUGUAAUAAUCAACAUUAACUCUUAUGCCUCGACUACACAAGAGCUACUUUUGAAGACAAUACACGGAGGCAUCAAAUAUUCAGUGAUGGUAAAGGAUUCUUAUUAUCCGCAUGCUAACGCAUCGCAUUUUCCUGAGAAAGCCAAAAAUUAUAUGCUUAUUUUGGAAGAGAAGACAGAAUUGACAAGAAACAUAUUGCAGCUAAACAAAUUACCUACUUGGAAUCCAUUAGCGAAGGCUAUAGUUUACUAUCAGUUGGGAGACGGCGAGUCUGCGGAGAGAACCGCCAUACAAUUUAUAAACGAGCUUCGACAAUACAAACUUUUUAAAAGCAUAAUCUUCAUAUAUUCUCCGCUGGAUGGCGAAGUUGUUUCAUACUCCUGGCGGCCUUAUAGCGAUACGAACUGCGGGGGAAGUUGUGAUUCAGUUUAUAUCCUAGAUAGAUGUAAAGAUAAAACGAUAAAAGAAAUUGAAAGACAGGCUGAAAUGUUUCCACCAGAUAUGAAGGAGUGUCCUUUAGUAGUUCAUGCUGUUGUGUCAGAGCCUUAUGUGUUGCCACCAUUUACAGAAAUAGACCAUCCAAAAUUUAAUAAAACAUUUUUGUUUGAUAAAGGCGGGGAGAUAAAUCUUGUAAAAAUUAUAAACCAAUUUACAAACAUGACGCUUGUGACGACUAUGUCCGACAUUCCCGAAAAUUGGGGAACUAUAUAUCCCAAUGGAUCAGCUACAGGAGCAUUUGAAAUACUGCGGAGUGACAAAGCUGAUUUAUUAAUUGGCAACAUCGAAGUUACCAGGACUAUACGAAAAUGGUUUAACCCUACAGUGAGUUACACCCAAGACGAAAUGACCUGGUGUGUCCCAAAGGCUGGUCAAGCGUCAACGUGGAAUAAUUUGGUAAUUAUUUUUCAAUGGUCGACUUGGGUGGCAACGUUUGUUAGUUUGGUGAUCAUGGGUAUUUUGUUUCAUUAUCUUUAUUAUAGAGAAAAUGGACGUAAAGUAACAAGAUGGCCGACUAAUUCGCUCCUUAUGACAUUCAGUAUGCUGCUCGGCUGGGGAUCAUCGUUCGAGCCGAAAAGCGCAACAUUCCGCAUCCUAAUCUUCGGUUGGCUUUGCUUCAGUGUAAACAUGGGGAUUUCAUACGAAUCGUUCUUGAGAAGUUUCCUAAUGCACCCGCGAUUUGAAAAGCAGAUAAGCAGCGAAGCGGGUCUUAUACAGUCUGGAAUUCCUUUGGGAGGCAGAGAGAUUUACCGAUCCUAUUUUGAGACUAAUAACGCGAGUUCGUUUUAUUUGUACCGCAAAUAUAACUCAACAUCAUUCGCUUCGGGGAUUCGGCGGGCAGCUUUGGAUAGGAAUUAUGCGGUUGUAUCGUCAAGACGACAGGCCGAAUACCAAGACCAGAAAUUGGGGAAAGGUUCGCAUUUGAUCUACUGUUUCCCGGAGAGUAACAACCUUUAUAAAUACGGAGUGGUGUUGUUGGCAAGAAAAUGGUUUCCUAUGUUGGAAAGGUUUAAUAAUAUAAUACGGAGCGUAUCGGAAAACGGUUUGAUAGACAAGUGGAACGAAGAGCUGUUCAUUCGAAGGGGGAGUGUUGAAGGGGCCAGCACUAUCGUGCCACUUGGUGUUCCGCAUUUAUUGGGCGCUUUCAUGUUUAUAGGUUUGAUGUACGCUACCAGUAUCGCUGUGUUUUUCGCUGAAUUGGCAAUCGGCUGUAUUACGAAAAAGAUUUCGAGGCGAAAUUAAAACGAGAUUGUUUCAUUGUACAUUAGAAAAUAGCGUAUCCAAUUAAUUCCUUUUAGAAAAAAGUUCGUAUCUAAAACACCAACGUUUGGAAUAACUGUUAAAUAAUUUAAAUUGAAAGAAAUAAACAAGUAGACCUAUCCAUCAAAAGUUUGUUCAUUUAAAACUUUUGUAGAUAACAAAACGGUUUCACCCUCUUUUGUUUGUUCAUCUUCAACAGAUGUCUACGUUGAUUUUCGUCAAUGGUGUAUAAUAUCAAUUCUAUAAUUAUUCUGUAAUAAGCAAGACAAAUUAUAGGAACACUUCAUAUGUUCACAUGAAUAUCGUUAUAGAUGGCUGUAGGAUAAAAAUUCUCAGCAACUGAUAACAAUAACAGCAUUUGCAAAGGGUUAAAACCGGGCAGGCGUUUUAAGCAUACACCUUGCUUGGGAGCGUUAUAGACGAGAAUGAAAUAAAAGUACAGACGAAGAAAUACAUCUAAGACAGAAAACAUUCGAUUUUGCACCUUAAAGUUCUGUAGUUAAAGAAUUGUGCUUCUCAUUUUCGAUACAUUAAUAUCAAUUAAGGUGAAUAUCCUGAUCAAUGCGAAACCCUAUCAUCAUAAAAUCAUUAUAAUUGCCUACUCUGGUAUAUGAAACGCAAACCACGUGUGGUGAUAGCUCAAAUGUAACAUCAACAUUUCCGCAUAUCACUGAAACAAUACCUACCUUUAUUUAAACCCUAAGCAUAUUGUUUUAAGGUGUAUAUUUGGUUGAGCUAUUUUCCGACCAACCGAAUAUUUUGUCACAAGAAAUAUGACAGUGCUAAUGCUCUCUUUGAUG